UUCUUAUAUAAUCAUAUCUGCACUCUCUUCUUCUCUUCAUCAAAUAGUUUUUCUUCAUCAUCGUUUCUCUCCGUCUAUUAUUUCAUCUCUUCUUUUGUUUGAAGUAACUUCUUUUAAACCACGAGAUCUUGCAGUUUUCUGGAAAAUGGAAUUCGUGAAUAGCUCCACACCAAGAUAUGACUGUCUCCUCUUUGAUUUGGAUGAUACUCUUUAUCCUCUAAGCUCUGGUUUAUCACAAGCAUGCGCCAACAACAUCAUAGAAUUCAUGGUUGAAAAGCUUGGAAUAGAUGAAGAAGGAGUUGUUGAACUAAAAAUUCUCUACAAAAAGUAUGGAACUUCAAUGGCUGGUCUAAAGGCUGUUGGUUAUGAAUUCGACAAUGAUGAGUAUCACAGUUUUGUUCAUGGAAGAUUACCUUAUGAGAACCUUAAACCGGACUGGGUUCUGAGAAAUCUCCUCCUUACUCUACCUUUGCGAAAAUUGGUUUUCUCGAACGGAGAUGAGGCUCAUGUGACCAAGGCUCUAAAGAGGCUCGGCAUCGAAGAUUGUUUUGAGAAAAUCAUAAGUUUCGAGACCUUAAACCCUAAGAUCAAUGAGACUUUAGAUUACCUUCCUGAGAUCCCGGUUGUCUGUAAACCAGCAGAGAUUGCUUUUGAGAAAGCCUUCAACAUUGCACAGCUCAAUCCUAACACAACCUUGUUCUUCGACGACAGCGUCCGUAACAUCCAAACAGGAAAAGCCAUGGGUCUCCAUACAGUCCUGGUUGGUAAAUCGGAAAAAGUGGAAGGAAGUGAUCAUGCGUUAAAAAGCAUUCACAACAUGAAAGAAGCAUUCCCGGAGUUAUGGUCGGAAUCCAUUAACAACAACAUGAACAAAAAAUCUGAAAGAAUUGGUUACGCUACACAGAUCUCGAUUGAAACUUAUGUUCAAGCUUAACUAAUUUAACAUGUUUAUUUUUACUUUCCUAAAAAGUUUACAUAUAUAAAUAAUGAAUAAUAAAAUAACAGUAUCCAAGAAAUACACCGUUUAUUGUUGCUGCAACGGUUGAUAUACAAGGUCUCUAUGUAUUUGAACAAUAAAAACAUGUAUUCUAUGCUUUUGUAACACUUUCGUUAACUAGAAAAACCAAGUGGUGGCCUAGUGGUAAAAAGUUUAAAACCGUGAAUACCGCCUUAAGUUUGAUUUUUCUUACCCA